UCCCACCCUCUGGAGGAGGUGUCCCCCCCUCUGGAGGACGCUGCCAUGGAACAGGACUCUGCCCACUCCAGCCCUGGCACUGCUGCCGGGCCCCCCACACCGAGAGCAGUUUCUGUCCCUGCUAAUAGGCUCGUUAAUCAGGGCACUCAUCAGCCCGCUGUCAAUGACCCUGAGCUGCUCCCAGCCAGGGACCUCAUCCAGGUCCCUCUGGCCCCAGAGAGCCCCUCGAAUUCCCCUGGGAGCCUGGCAGCUCUGACACUCCCGGGGGAUCCCUGGCUGGAUGCUGCGGGCACUGACUCAGCCCAGGAGCUGCUGCUGAGCACGGAGGGGGCAGAGGAGGGGGGCACGACGAGGGAAGUGACAGACGGAGCAGCUGAAGGCUUGGGGACAGCGGUGACACUGGAGCCUGGAGCGCUGGGGAGCGACUCACACCAGAGGAGGGGGCUGCACUCGGAUGUCACCGUGCUGGAUGGCCUUGCCAUCGUGAGUGACUCCUGCGGCUCCGGGAACCACUCGGUGCGGCUGAGCCUGAGCCCUGCAGGGGCCACAGCCCCCGAGAUCCCUGGAUCAGAGCCUUCCCAGGACACCUUCCUGGCUCUGGUGGCCCUGCAGAGCAACAGCAGCCAGGCCCUGCUCCAGAUCCACUCGUGCUGCGUGACCCCCUCUGCCAGCCCCGGGGCUGCGGGUGCCCAGUGCUGCCUCUUCCACAGGCUGCCCUGGGAAUGCAGACAUGUCCAGCUGCUGCAGGGCAGCGGCUCCAGAGCCGCCAGCUUCUCCAUCCAGCUGUUCCAGAUGCUGAACCACUCCGUGGCCUACCUGCACUGCGAGCUGAGGGUCUGCCUGCCAGGCCAGCCGGGAUGUGAGCAGGACUGCUUGGAAAGUGUGGAGCCCCUUCCCCAGCCCAGUGACAGGACCAGCUAUGGAAACCUGCACAACCUGGUCUCCCUCGGGCCCGUUUGGAGGAUGAACAACAGGUUUCUGUAUAAACCAGUGGAAGGUGCUGGUCUUGCCAUGCUGCUGCCCAUCCUGCUGGGAUCCCUCACUGGCUUUGCAGUCCUGGGCAGUGCUUUCAUGGGCCUGUGGCUGCACCACCGGCAGAAAGCCAAGCCCAGCCGUUAUCCCCCGUUCGGAGAAUUCCAUGGGCUGUGAUCUCGAGCAGCUGAACUGCUCCUGCAGCUCCCCCAGCCGUCAGAGAAGCAGCUGAAUUUGCUUUGCUUCUGUAGAGCUUCUGCUGAGCCAGGGGGCAGGAGAUGCCACCUCUGCUCCGAGCCUGCUUCUCCUUCCUUCCUUUCCUUCUGCAUCAGCGACUCCACAAACUGCAGAGUAGAGAAGGAAUCGUUGUAGUGCUCCAGCUGCCAGGGAGAGCAGAGCUGGAAGCCCAGCACAGGCUGGGCACAGAAAUGGGGAAGCAGAGAGGAGAUCAGGGGCAGAAGAACCCAGUGAAAUAAAGCACUGGAGCCUGCCACCAGGGAGAAAUGGUAGGAAAAAUGAUGGAAUUGGGAGUGUGGACAGGACCCAAGAGCUCCAGAGAUGUGUUCCCUCGGCUUUACAGCUUUCCUCACCUCGGAGGAGCCAAGUCCCUUCCUCCUUUCCCUUUAGUCCUCUUGUUUUCUCCAACAAGUUCCCACAAAUGGUCGGAGAACUCCAGUACCAGAUGGAAUCUGCUGGAAUGCACGGGGGAGAGGCAUCCAUAGAAUGGGGGAUACAAACAAGGCUUUCCUGGGAGUGCGCUGGGGUUUAGGGGCUGGCUGUGGGAGGGCAGCCAGGGCGGUGCUGUGGAGAGCCCCCAAUGGGCUCCAGGCCCACUUCCCUCUGUCCCAGAGGAACUGGGGCUGCUCCAUCCUGUCCAGGACCUCCUGCAGCAGCUGCUGGUGGAGAGGACCUCGUGGGGUGUGGAAGGAGCUGCGACACAGAGAGAGUGGGCGAGGAAAGGCACCUCUGGCAGGGAUCUCCCUGUGUGUGCUGGGAAUGACCAGCAGGACUCCUCAGCUGCUGUUCCUGCUGUCAGAGCCGGAACAUCCGCGAGCUGUUGGCCCAGAAAUGCACCUGCAAGGUGUGGGGAGGGACAGAAGCAGCUGCUGCCCCUCUGCAGCCAUGGACUGAUCGUGUUCCCCCAGUGCCUCCCCGCCUCCUGAACUCUCUGUAAUAAAACCUGAGCAUCGCA